AAGUUACCGUUGAAAUCCCAUUUCAUCCAUUUCGUAAGCUUAAAAGGUGCUGUCUCUGCCAAAACCACUACAAAAACUAUACUCAAAAUUACAACGUAAAGAAAGCGAGAAAAGCGAGAAUUUUCAGAAGCUAUUAAUAAACUAAGAAACUUCGGUCUCAGAAACUUGGUGUUCGUUUAAGAUUUUGCUACUUUAACCCAAAAUGGCAGCAAGAACUGUUCGGUUGUUUCAAGACCGUGUUAAUGAUGCAGGAACUAUGUCUGCAAAGACUGAUUUUAACGGACAGAAGAAAUCUAAGGUUGGAGGAAGAAAACCACUUGGUGAUCUAUCCAACUCAGUGAAACCCGUUGAUGUAGUAGAUGGAAAGAAAGUCCUCAAUGGUUCAUUUAACACUGUUAAACCCUCUUUAAGUCAGACAACAAAACUGCUGAAGUCCAAGAACAAACCCGCCAUUCUGAAUAAGGAAGAUGUUUCUGCCAAGGAGAAGAACAUUGAAGUCGGCAAAAAAACUGGAAUCAAAGCUUCUAAGAAAUCAAAUAUUGGCGGCAGGAAAGUACUUUCUGACAUUUCAAACUCAGAACAGGCACAUGUUCAUGAUGUGAAAAAUAAGAACAGCCUGAAUACAAGUUCUUUCACAGGGAAAGAUCUUCAUCCUGAUGAAAUUGCUGAAGAGCGAAUGUUCCACAAUCAUGGGAAAUGUAUAGAAUCACAGACUCAAAUAUUGAAUGUGCCUCAUUUUUUCGAGGAUGAUUUAGACGAUGACAUGAAAAUUUCCUUUGAACCGCUUGUAUUUCGUAACAAGUCUGAUAGCCCAUUAUUCAAAUUGGAGGAGGUGCCUGAAGAGUUUAUUCCUGAUACACCACCUCCAGCUGCUUGGCAUGGAUACCGCAAGAGUCCGGAGUUUUCAAGCUCUACAAUGUGGGAUAGUCCAGAGUUUUCAUGCUGUACAAUGUGGGAUGACUUAGCUGCUGAUUUCAUGCUGAUAGAUUCACCCAAGCUGAUGGAUUCACCCAAAUUGUAUAAAAACUGAUUAUCCCCUGCAAGAAUUCAUUCAGUUAGAUAUUUUGUGUCAUUCCUGUGAUGGCAAUUAUGGUGUAUUCUCUUGGAGACCUUAAUGUUUGUUUAGAAAAUCAUAGAUUGAUAAUAUUGUUGCGAGGCUGGUUUGUUCUGGCCAAUUAUUGUUGGAUUCUUGUAUUGAUGACCUUAAUGUUUCCUUCUUCCCAAUUAGGUCAAUGAACAAUAGUGCUUAUUUUUUUCCAUGUUCCUUAAUGUUUCCUUCUUCCCAAUUAGGUCAAUGAAAAACAGUGCUCAUCCUCUUUCA